AUGUAUAAAACCGUACUUGCAGACUAUCUACCUUCUAAUGUCAUGGCGACCGUGUGCCCUCGACAUAGUGGAUUUUGUAUGGCAGCCUGCCAGAACUACUCUACAUGCUCUGGUUUCAUGAAAGACGAGGCGAAUUAUGACAGGGCGAGCCUAUUUCAAACGAGACCGAUCGACAAUCUGGACAGUGACAGGACUUCAAUACCCGGAACCUACCGACUAAACCAACCCACCAUUGCCGUUGAGCAGUUGACUACCAUCGUCAAGCCUACACCGGCUGUUUCAGAGCUCAAAAUGGCCGCUGCUUCAGACGGCUACAUCGGCGAGCUGGAGACCGACAGUGUCUCCGAGCUGAUGGAAGUUCCACUCGUGAAGAAAGCACCUGUACCGGUGGUUUCAAUGUUGAGAGCUCACAAAAAUGCUUCCGCACCACACAUAACGACAACAAAUGUGCUCAGAAAGACCACGAAGCAGGUGGUUCUGGAGAGGAGCGAGGAGGCUGGAGGUAAAGAUGAGCCGGAUUAUGCUGAACAAACGGUGGAGAAGACGACAAUGCCCAGAAGGAGCAUCCUCAAGGCCUCGUCGCCUUUGCUGAAUCAUUCUCAACUCUAUAGAAGUUCAGGCACCACUUUUAUCUCCGAUCCACACAGUGGCUGUGUCAUCAUUCCAAGGAGUACCAGCUCUGCCGUUUCAACAAUGGUACAGACACCGGCACGAGAGGCGAGCAAUUUGAGCGCAAAACCGGCUCGUCUUGGGGAGCAUCUGGUACGAGAUAGCCUCGAAUUGUGUGAUUCAAAGCUACAGACUCCAGUCUCGUCAGGACAACAGAGUCAUGAGUCGAAGGAGGGUACACGAUUGCAUGGAUCCGAAGUGGGAUCAUCCUCCGUGCCUGGAGGAGAUGUAGCUGGCAGGGAUUUAUCUAUCACGUCUAAGGAGCCUGAGGCUGGGAGUGAUGCCAGGUUGGCAAGACGUUCCACGUCGCCUCACGGAAGUCGAAAGUCCGUUCGAUUUGCUGAAGACACGCCACGCUGGUUGGCCCCAUUUGCUGUUGUUGUGGCUGGCAAGAAUUGCUCCAUUCAGCUCACGUCUGUAUGCACCACAGGCCAGUCUCAAAAUGACGAAAAACUGAAGCCCACCUCGCUUUUACUCCCAGUCCAAAGCCAACCACCUCCGCCCUAUUCUGUGCUUCCACACUCAUCCUCCUCACCAGCACCACAUGGCAACCAAUCGCCGCCAGCACCAUCAUCACACUCAUCUACAACUCCGAUUGAGACGUCGAGAAAUCCGGUUUCAUCUCUCGAGCGGCGGCUUGAGAAACAGAUUCUUCGAGACCAGGUGACUAUGCUUUCUGGAGAAGGCUGCGAACCAGAUAAGUUACGGAAUGAUAGUGAUUUCGCUUCUGGUGAUUGUUUCAGACAAAUGAUGCUCAGGCGACACGAAAUCAGGGACCAAUGUCGAAUUGGCGUCUCCGAGGCUGAUUCAGACGAAACAUCUAAACAGAGCAAGUUGUACUUGUUUCUAUUUUCCGUCUGUGCUCCUCCAGACUGGUGGAGUUGA